ACACUCUCUCAAUCAACUAGGCUAUUGCCAUCAGAGCCAAGAGUUGCCGCUCCGCGCACCGAUGCCAAAACGCACAGGAGGAGUUAGUGCCAAAGGGUCAUUUUAGCGCACCACUGCAGAGAUGGAAGGGCUGUAGAGAACCCUAGAGUAACCAGCUGCUAUUUCACCCCAGAUACUAUAAUCCUAUCUUUAAUAUUAAGGAAAAAGAACAGGAGCGAAUAUCCAUCCAUCACCGUUUACUUCAACUGUCACCGGGUCGCUGCAGAGGUGGGCAGUCCAGGAUUUUUAUAUCUCCAAAAAGCUCAUUGCAACAUUUUUUAAACUUAACGUCCACACGCAGUGGCUCAUCGGUCGCUUGUAGCCGUUUCUAAAAAUAAGAAAAACUACACUUUGGCUUCCCCAAUCCAGGUAUUGCUUCCUCCGAAGACGCCGCAGGACAUCGUGGACAAAGUGGUCCUCCGUCCUUGUUGCGCUUCUGUCCGACUCUUUCACCUCCUGAGCGUGCGUCAAACUUAACUGAAGACUGACAGUAGCUGGGAUCCGAUUGGAGGGGGCAGAUCUGGUCAUCUGCGAUCCAGAGGAGACCGACAUCACGGUUCAAGCCGACACCAAGUGCCGUUCACCGGGCGAUGCCAGAGUAAAUGCCGGGGCAAUGUCCCGCCGCAAGCAGGUGAACCCGCAGCACUUAUCGUUGACGCACAGGGAGACAGUACAAGCAGAAGCCAAUCAUGACUCAGGGGCAGGAUCUCCAUGUCCAGAGCCUACCACCCCCAGCCCUCGGAGGUUGGGACCAGGAGAGCAUGACCUGUUGACCUGCGGCCAGUGUCAGACCAACUUCCCUCUUGGCGACAUCCUGGUUUUCAUUGAGCACAAGCGCCGUCUGUGUCGAGGGUCUGGGAGCAGACCGGGGUCCUUCUCCAAACCUGGGGAAGCUGGUGGGGUCAUGGGCGUUCCCAUCUCUCCCAGGGCAAGGUCGCUAGAGCUGGGAAGAGGGUCCAUUCCAGUGGAGGUUGGCAUUCAGGUGACCCCUGGAGGAGAGGACGAGGAGAGGAGGCUGACGCCGGCCAAGGGAAUCUGUCCCAAACAGGAGAGAGGAGCCUGCUUGGUUAAACUGCAAACAUGCUGCAAUGCCAGCAGAUUCAACCCCAAAGACAAAGAUGAGCCAUCCAGCUACAUCUGUACAACCUGUAAGCAGACCUUCACCAGUGCCUGGUUCUUGCUCCAGCAUGCCCAGCACACUCAUGGCAUCCGCAUCUAUCUUGACAACCACCCAAUCAACUGCUCCCUCACCCCUCGCAUGGCUCUGCCUCCCCCUCCAGGAGUUGACGCCUUGCCCCGCUCCCCUCUCCCGACUUUCCUCGGAGACACCAACAAUCCAUUCCACCUCCUCCGCAUGGCUGCACCCUUACUCAGGGAACAUCCCCCUCCACCGGGGUACAUGGAAACUCGUCUGCCUGCGACACCACCCUUUGUAAGCCCUCCACCUCCCCCUAGACCACCUCUAGAGCGACUGGGUCCAGAGGAAAUGGGGCUGUUGUCACAGCACCCCAGUGCCUUUGAAAGGGUGAUGAGAAUGACCCCCAUGGAACCUCCUUCCAUGGACUUCUCCCGUCGACUGAGAGAGCUGGCAGGAAACACAACCAACAACGGAGGGCCCACGCCUCCUCUCUCACCAAACCGUGUGCCGCCCAUGCACCGCCUGCUGAGUCCAACGCUUUUCCAGCCUGGUGCCAAGCCCCCUUCAUUUCUCACCUUUGCACCACAGCCACCCACCUCUCAGGGGGGACACGGCUCUUCCAGCCCUCCAGACACACAGGGUCAGAACCAGGCCCCCGGGAAAGCUAAAUCCUGUGAGUUCUGCGGAAAGAUCUUCAAAUUCCAGAGCAACCUCAUCGUACACAGACGCAGUCACACAGGAGAGAGGCCCUAUAAGUGUCAUCUGUGUGAUCACGCCUGUUCCCAGGCCAGCAAGCUCAAAAGGCAUAUGAAGACACAUAUGCACAACAAAUCCGUGAACAUGACCGGCUCUCCAGAACAGGAAAACAGAGGAGAGGGAGGAGAAGGCGAAGAGAAAAACAGGGAGGAAGAAGAAAGGGUAAUGGGGAUGGAUAAUGAUGAAGAGGAAGAAGAAGAGGAGGAAGAGGAAGAAGAGGAGGAGGAAGAGGAGGAAGAGCUGAGGAACGGGAGUCGGCCAGAUUCCAACUUAAGUGAGGACUCCCAGGAAUUCAGCCAGAAUAGGGAAAAUGGGCCAAGACAGUCUCAUGAAGAGAAGCCUCUGAGUGGGGACAGAGUUAAUGAUAGUGGCGGGAUGGGCAUCAUGCACCCAUACAACCACUUGGACAAUCACCUUAGACUUAACCCUAACAAGAGGAGCUUGGACAGACAACCAAAUGGAGAUGAAGAGAGAGAUGAAUCUGAAAGAGAGAAUGAAAGAGAACCGGACAGGCAAAGGGAAGAGCAGGAGGAUGGGAGGCCGCUGAUGAAUGGCAGGAUCAGUGUGUCUGAAGUGGAGUCCUUUCCUGGGCUGUUCCCACGUCGGCCCACUCCCAUCACCAGCCCGAGUCCCUCCAACAACAAAAGAAUCAAGAUAGAGAAGGACCAGCUGGACAUUCCCCCAACCAUACCGCUUAUCUCCCCUGAAAAUGUCUACUCUCAGCUCCUCGCUGGCUAUGCUGCUUCACGCCAUUUCAUCAGGGAGCCUUUUUUGGGAUUCACCGAUUCCCGCCAGUCGCCGUUCGCCACCUCCUCUGAGCACUCCUCCUCAGACACGGGAAGCCUCCGCUUCUCCACCCCACCCGGUGAGCUGAUGGAAGCCGGCAGCGCCUCAGGGCGCAGCGGAAACAGCACCCCCCAUCUCUUGCGGGGGCCUGGACCUGGCAGACCCCCCAGCUCAAAGGAGAGGAGAAAUGACACCUGUGAGUACUGCGGCAAGGUGUUCAAGAACUGCAGCAAUCUGACAGUCCACAGGCGAAGCCACACGGGGGAGCGGCCGUACAAGUGCGACCUGUGCAGCUAUGCCUGCGCACAGAGCUCCAAGCUGACACGCCACAUGAAGACCCAUGGCCAGUUUGGAAAGGAGGUAUAUCGUUGCGACAUCUGCCACAUGCCCUUCAGCGUCUACAGCACGCUAGAGAAACACAUGAAGAAGUGGCAUGGUGAACAUUUGAUGGCCAGUGAGGUCAAACUGGAGCAAGCAGACAGAGGUUAAGCCAGCAGCCAUUAGCAUGGCAUACAGAACAUACAAAUAUCCUCUCACACACACAUAAACACAAAAACACACAUUAAACCCUAGUGACCGCUUCUUCAGCAAUGGGGCUUGGCUGGAAUAUUUCUCUCUUGAAAAAAAAAUUAAGAUUGAUUGAUGUUUAUCAUUUUUCUUGUCACAAAAACUGCCACCUGAGAAUAUAAACAAAUGGAAACUUUAAUAAGAACUUGUCUGGAACGCCAAAUCUGGCUUUUCUCGACAAACUGUUGGAGGAUUUUAUCAGUUAGGAAUCCAUGGAGCCUUUCUACUGUGCAAUAAUUUCUGUAUUUAUUGGAUUUUUGUAAUAUUUGGCAUGUGCAGGUACAUCUUUGUUGGAUUUCAUAUGGAGUUAGUUUUGAAAUGUGCUAAAUUUUUCUUUUCCUUUUUUUUUUCUAAAAUGCGAAAACUGAGAAGAGGUCAUCAUUAAUAAUUUUUUUCUUUUCCUUUAAGGAAGCUUAUUAUUCUGUGAGAGUAAAUUUGUGUGAAGCUGUUAGCUUUUAAAAGAAAAAAAUAAUUGUUUUUCUAUAUUACCUGCAGCAGCGGACUACAAUCCAUUCCUUCAUACAGGCCUAAAGCACUGAAUGUCAGCCUGACAAUAAAACACCAUACUGGAUUUUAAAAAUCCAACAUUAUCUUUGAGACCUGGUAAAUUAUUAUUAAUUUAUUCAGGGAAAUUUGUUCUUUUAAAAGAAAAAAAAUUGGCAAAUUUUGAAUGAUUUCAGUAUGCAGUUGCUGUAUUGCUGUCCUUGCUUCAUUGAGGACAUAAAUAAAGGUUGCACUUAAUGGAGAUACCCUUAACUGAUGCUCAGAACAUUCCCAAUGUAGGAUUAAACCACCAUAUUUAAUAUGUUGAAUAAGUCAAGACUACUUGUGAUUAAUGUGAGAAGGAGAACAGUCCUCUUUAUGGUUUGUAAAUAUAUUCUUUUUUUAUAUGUUAAAGCAGCUCAGACUGUACACGAGAGAUGGCCUAAAUCUAAACAAUCAGAAAACCAGCUGCUUGCAUCAUCCACAGUAUAUGCUACAUGUAACUACCACACAUUAUUUCUUUAUCAAGCCCAUUUGAUUACCUCCCCCACAAGCCCAUCCCAUGUGUUCUUACUCAAUUUGUUUAACAAAAUUCUACUUCAAUAGCCUAACACUUUCUAAAUCACUCUCCAUCUUUGUCUUGUGUCUGGUGUGGCGACUCUCUAUGACCCAGGCUGAUUUCCUGCGUCCCCUGAACGCUGUGCAAAACGGUUUCAACUGAAAGUCAUAUCGAUAUGUGUUAGCAUGUGUUCUUCUCUGUCAGAGCAGCGCUCUCUAAGCCUCUCUUUUCGACGGCAUCUUUUCACAGUUCACCAGCUCAGAUUCGUGCAUUAGAGCGGCUUUUUAAAAGGAAGUCUGAACAGUGGCUUCACGCUCCCUGUAACUGAUUUUGAGACAGUCAACAUGUCUUUUGGGGAUUAUGGUUUUUAUUUUCUGCAGUGUUCAUCGUGAGAUGUAUCUGAUACAAAGAGAAAAAAAGAAAAUAAAAAAAGGCCUUAUGAGUUAUGAUAAUUUCGAGCACAGCUGCACCAGGGGGAUGGCCAGGCGACCUUGGGUAGGGGCUAUGCUUACAGCAAAAAUGGAAGAUUGGAGCUGAGAAAUGAAGAUGUUUGAGAAAGAAAUGGAGGGAGAGAGAGCAAGACCUUGACCAGGGAGAAUAGUCAUUCAAAUGAAAUUGGAAGCAUAUGAAUUUUUUUUUUUUGUACCCAAAUGCACAUCUACUGGCCACAUCUUAUAACAGACCAUCAGAGUGAGACAGAGUGAGCGUGAGAGGGAGGGAGACAGCUAAACCACAUGAGAGAAUGAGACUACAUCUUUCAUUUUAGCACUGCGAUUCUCAGCCAUCGAAAUCAUCAUCACUUGAAAGUUUGACCUGCCAUUUGGGCCAAUUGUCAGGUUUUUAUCUGCACCACUUUACUUUGAUAGAAAAAGAAAUAUACCCUGCUUUAAAUGCAACCCCCCCCCCCCCUUUUUUUUUUUUUUUCUUUUCAUUUUUGGGGAUUUUUAGAAAGGAAACGUUGAGAUCAGAAGAGCUCUCUAUAAGCAAUGUAGUUAGAUUAUAGUGAAUUAACACGGGAAGUGCGACUGGCUGAAGAGCUGCUCUGAGCUCGCUUUCACAGGUUGAUGCAUGAGUGCAAAAAAAAAAAAAAAAAAAGAGAAAAAAGAGAAAAAGAAAAAAAAUAAAUAAUGAAAAGAAAUUCAAGGUGCUGUUUCAAAACCCACAGUGUAUUAAUUCCCAGUUUGGAGUGAGGCCACAAUGAGCCAUACAAACACACUCAAAAGGACGAAAGGUGGAAACCUCAUAGAGACCCAAAAUCACACAUGGACAUUCAGUCAUACGAUAUGUUUACAGUGUUGAAGUAUGCCAUUAAUGAAAUAAUCUGUGUAAGUGUUUAAAAUGAUGAUAAAGUAUUGUUUUCUCCAAUGCUCAUUAAAAUAAUUUGAAUGCCAUAGCCGUUUUGUAUGAUUAUCCUGGUGGAGGGGUUUUAUCUACAUGAAUAUGUUUCUGUAUGAUUGCUUAUUCACUGUAUGCACAGUUGGCAGAUUUUUCUUUUUUCUUUUCUAACAACAGUAGUGCCAUUAUUGACUUCUGGUAUUUUAUUUUGAUUUUUACCUUUUAUUUUCUCUCUCUCUUUUUUCUUUUUGAAAUAUUUCCCUCUUUUGGUUUGGUGAAGCUAUCCUUAAUGGAUGUAAAGCAAAGUAAUUAAAAAAGUGAGGAGAGUAUAUCUAAAAAAAGAACCUUCAGCAGGGGAAUACAGUGGUUUUGUGCAGAAAUGCUUUCCAAAUCAAUUUCACCAGACUUUCACGGACAUUAUGUUUAGCUUUUUUUUUCUUUUUUUUCCCCUCAUGACUGGUUGAGAUUCUUGUGAUGGCAUUUACAAUUGUAACUUUGGAUACAUUUUCAUAUUUCACUUUUCAGAACUUUCACUUUCACUCUUUGUACAAAAUUGUUUCCCUGUUCUUUUUUUUUUUUGGGGGGAGGGGGGAGAAAAGUGCAUCAUUGUGGAAAAAAAGUGAUUUCAGAACAGUACACAUCUGCUGUUUUGAACAUAUAUGUAUUUUUGUAAUGUGUUGAAAAAUCAAUACAAGAAAGCCAACACUUCAAUAAAUGUUGCAGUUGCUCUAUCA